AUGGGGGAACUCAAUUUCUUCUUAGGCCUGCGAAUCAAACAAAGUCCAAGUGGUAGUAUGAUACAUCAGCAGAAGUACACAAAAGAACUAAUCAAGAAAUUUAAAAUAGAAGAAUCCGAAGAAAUAGAUACUUCUAUUGCAACUGCCACAAAGUUACAUGCUGAUGAACCUGGUUCUUCAGUUGAUCAAGAGUUGUACAGGGGUAUGAUUGGUUCCCUUUUGUAUCUUAAUGCUAGUAGACCUAACAUUGUUUUCAGUGUAGGACUUUAUGCUCGUUUCCAGGCAAAUCCAAAGGAGUCACACCUGACAGCACUCAAAAGAAUACUAGGAUACCUAAAGGGCACAACUGAUCUGUGUUUAUGGUAUCCGAAAGGUAGUAAUUUUGACUUGAUUGGAUAUGCUGAUGUUGACUAUGCAUGUUUCCUAGUGGGUAGGAAAAGCACCUCAGGUCUGGCACAUUUCUUGGGCUCAUGUCUUGUAUCAUGA